UUUCACGUGCGGGUCUGUGCGGGCCGGAGCUCCGCUGCGGGGUGCGCGGCCUGCGGGACGUCGCCCUGAGUCACAGCCCGCCCGAGGGGCUCCGGGUGGGCUGAGGUUUGGCGAGCAGGAGCGCACGGUUCGACAAGUCAGAGCCCUUUCCCCGCGCAAAUCGCUGGUUGUUUAUUUGGCUGCUGUAGCUGGCCCGAAGCUGCUCUCGUUGCUGCGCUCUUUGGCUGUAAUGAAGUUGCAAAUGUUGUGCAAAAGCUCUCCCCCUCCAGCUGUUCCUGUAAAUCCUCCCGCAGCAGUUCAAUUCCCCCUCGACUGUCCCCCUCUGCAGUCGAUCAUCUCUCCUGUUUAUUUAAACUCGGCAUUCUUUGCUUCCGUUCCACGUGAUGCCUCAGACCGAACAUUUUAAUCACCCUUGGGCCAGAGAUUGCUCUGCGGUGCUGCUUGCAAUCCCUCCAGCAUGAUCAUCAGUCUGACCAUCCGAGCGCUCAUAAUGCUCCCUCUGGGGCUUUGCUGGCCCUCCAUCCUCCGAGAGAGAUUUCUCAGAGCUUUGGAUGCAGAUGAUAUUUUCUCUUAUUUUGGAACCAGCUCAGCGUCUGAUGUACCUGAGUUUGUUGUUGCUCAGCCGAAUUGCGCUUGUAAAGAAGAGCAGAUUGGGCUGAUAUGUCGGAUCCAACGCUGCUCCAUUAAGGCUUGGGGAGAAGUGUAUGCCUUCGAAUUUCUAGAGGACCAUACCCUUCUUUCCUCUUCCUUUGUGAUCAAUCAAGUGGUGAACUCUUCCUUUAGCUUAAUAAAGCGAUUCUCAGGCAACUGCUUUGCAGGUGGAAAUCUAUUGGCACCUCCUGGGGCUGAGUGUAGAGUCACUUACUGUGAAGGGCAGCUGCAAGGAGUCAUUGUUACAGAUGAAGAAAAGAUUCAUAUCAGGCCUGUCAAAAGCAAAGAUACUGCUCUGCUGAAGGAUCUUGGCUUCUCCAGUCCCCACAUUCUCUUCAGAAGUGCUGGAACAGGGGCAAAAACAGCAAGAGCAGGGCACUUUGCUCCUCGCCUACAAAAGAGGGCUGAUGGAACUGUCAAACAUCUGGAGCUGAUGGUUGUAGCAGGUCCUGAUGUUUACAUGUACCACCAAGAGGACACGGAGCGAUAUAUUCUUGCCAACCUGAACAUUGGGGCAGAACUGCUGCGAGACGCCUCACUGGGUGCUCAUUUCAGGGUUCAUUUGAUGCAAAUGCUUGUUUUGAGGGAGCCAGAGGUGAAUGUGAACAUCACAACAAACAUCACCUCCUCGCUGAUCAGUGUUUGUGAGUGGAGCAAGAAGGUCAACCCCCAGAAUGACUCUGAUCCCCAGCAUGCUGACAUUGUCCUGUAUGUGACCAGGUUUGACCUGGAGUUACCUGAUGGGAACAAGGAGCUACGUGGAGUGACUCAGUUAGGUGGGGUCUGCUCCUCCUCCUGGAGCUGCGUCAUUACCCAGGACACUGGCUUUGACUUGGGAGUCACCAUAGCCCAUGAGAUUGGGCACAGUCUUGGCAUCCCCCAUGAUGGCGAGGGGAAUCAGUGCAGCAGCAGUGGUUACAUCAUGGGUUCAGCAGGCAGCCAUAACAGCAUUGACCUCGUCUGGUCACAGUGUAGCCGAGAAGAAUUCCUGGCCUUUGUCAGCACAGGCCAAACAAACUGCUUAAAUGACCUGCCGGACAUGGAAGGCAGCAUCCCUGGAUGGAAGCCUGGCUUGUACUAUGGAGCAGAUGAGCAAUGUAAAAUAGCCUUUGGGAGUGUUGCAACCGCCUGCACCUUUGCUGACAGCAAUGUUGAUAUAUGUAAAGCUCUCUCAUGCCAUGUACAACCAGGAGACAAAUCCAGCUGUACCCGGCUUCUUGUUCCUCUCUUGGAUGGUACUGAGUGUGGCAUCAAUAAGUGGUGCUCCAAGGGACAGUGCAGCUCUCUGAAGGAACUAAAUCCCAUGGCUGUAGUCCAUGGGCAGUGGUCCAGCUGGAGCCCCUUGUCCUCCUGCUCCCGCAGCUGUGGAGGUGGAGUUCGGAUAAGGCAGCGGUUCUGUAAUACCCCCAGGCCUGCUUUUGGAGGGAAGGAGUGCCAGGGUGCCAGCCUUCAAGCAGAGAUGUGCAGUACUCAGGCCUGUCCGAUGACCCAGCUUGACUUUAUGGCUGAACAGUGUGCAGCAACAGAUUUAAAGCCACUGUAUCUCACUGUAGGAGUGCCAGCCUUUUACACCUGGACUUCUGCUGUUGGCUUUGCCAAAGGGGACACGCAGUGCAAGCACAUGUGCAAGGCAAUUGAAGAUGCAUUCAUGGUAAGCCGUGAGGACAGUUUCAUAGAUGGAACCAGAUGUGAGCCUGAUAACUCUGACGAUGGGACUUUCCAUCUGUGUGUAGCAGGAAGCUGCAGAGCAUUCGGGUGUGAUGGCCAAAUGGACUCCAAGAAGGCAAUGGACUCUUGCCAGGUCUGUGGGGGUGAUAAUACCACCUGCAUGGAAGUGAGUGGAUCUUACACAGAAGGAAAAGCUAAAGAGUACGUUACGUUUUUGUCCCUGCCUUAUAAUGCCACCUUAGUCCGUGUUAUCAAUCAGAGACCACUCUUCACACAUUUGGCUGUGAAGGUAAAAGAUGAAUACGUGGUUGCUGGAAAGGGAAAAAUCUCGUUGAAUGUCUCCUAUCCCUCAGUUCUGGAGGACAGACAGAUUGAAUACAAAGUGUUUCUCACCAAGGACAACCUGCCAAGCCUGGAGGAAAUCCAUGUGGAUGGGCCAACACAAGAAGAAAUUGAAAUACAGGUUUAUAGGAGGUAUGCAAAAGAAUAUGGCGAUGCCACCAACCCAGACAUCACCUUCAGCUACUUUGUGCCAAAAGAGAAUCUGACCUACAGGUGGAUUCCUCAGCAGGGGCCGUGUUCAGUGACCUGUGGAGGAGGUACGCGGCUGGUGAACCAUGUGUGCUUUGAUCAGAUGAAGAAUGAGAUAACAGAAAAUCAGCUGUGUCUGGAACUCCCACAGCCCCUUCCAGGGUAUGAACCCUGUGCUGUGGAACCAUGCCCAUACAGGUGGAAGAUAUCGCAGACAGAUGAAUGUUCUGCUGUCUGUGGAAGCGGUGUUGCCCAGCAGAAUUUGACCUGUGUUCAGUUCCAUAACGGAUCAGAGACUGUUGUGGAUGACAGCUUAUGUUCUGCACAAGAAAAACCACUCUCUGUUGUGCCGUGUGUGGUUAAUGUCUGCCCUUUGGGAUGGGACAAAGAGGAAGACAUGGAUUUGUUUCAGGCUGCAGAGUCACCUGGACAUAUCCAACUGGAAAACCAGAGUGUUUAUGUCUGGAGCCCUCUGGCUGGAGAGUGUUCAGUGUCCUGUGGUGGAGGUCAGACUCAGAUACAGUAUGCGUGUGUGGCUUUUGACACCAAGGAAAAAACCCAAGAAGAAAACUGUCAUCCAGUAGCAAAGCCGGAGAGCAGGUUGGAAGACUGCAAUCUCAGUCCCUGCCCACCAAGGUGGCAUUACAAAAUGGGCUCAUGCAGUGUAAGCUGUGGAGGAGGCGUGAUGCAGAAGGUCCUCUACUGUGCAAGGGAAACCAGAGACAAGGAAGAAGAGAUUGUGGCAGACAGUCAGUGUGAUGGUUUGCCUCGUCCAGAAGAGCAGGAGCUGUGUAACUUGGAGCCAUGCCCCCCAAGAUGGAAGGUAACCCCAGGUGGCCCCUGUUCCUCCAGCUGUGGGCUUGGCUUAUCUGUUCAGCUGGUCACCUGUGUGCAGAUUCAGCAAGGCAAAGAGAUUUUGCUGGAGCAGCAUUUAUGUCCUGAGUCAGAGAAGCCCCUUACCACCAUUCCCUGUGUCAUCCGAAUGUGUUCUUAUGAAUGGAGCUUCAGCGAAUGGACAGAGUGUUCAACUUCAUGUGGAAAUGGUGUUCAGACGCGGCACGAUUUCUGCCUCAACCGGCUAACUCACAAGCACGUGAGCCCCAUCUUCUGCAGGCACUUCCCCAAGGCCAUUGUGCUGCGUGGCUGCUCUGCAGGGCCCUGUCCUGAGCAGGGCAUGGACACCAGGCUGCAUGGAGCAGAACUGCAGGCAGUGACACCAGCCAUGCAUCUGAUGAGUACUGCAAAUGCUGAGGGGGCAAGAUACAAAGACCUGAUCCUUCCUUCAUCUGCUCUGCCAGCUGUCCCUCAGGAACGGGUGGAGACCAGUGAAGGCAUCUGUGGAAAGCUCUUCCUUAAUACCAGUGGGAUCAUCAACAUGACGGGUGCAGGGAGCAGUGACUGCACUGUUGCUAUUGGACGUCCUCUAGGAGAGGAGAUCACAAUCAACGUUCUGGAGAGCUCCCUCAACUGCAGUGCAGGUGAGGUUGUGCUGUUUUCCGGACGAAUGAUGUGGCGGAUGGGCUGCAGGAAGCUGAUUUUGUCUCUGAUAAAUUCCAGAACAAAUACAUUGAUUGUGAAACAGCGUGUUCUGCUGCCAGGAAAUGGGGUCGUUCUUCAGUACAACAGCAGAAAUGCAACCAAAAGAUAUUACCAAGAAUGUGACAAGCAGCUGUUUGGUCCCCGUGGUGAAAUAGUGAAUCCUACUCAAUCACCUGGUCAAAAACAAGAGGUGGUGUGUCGGACCUUCAUCAAUGUGGCUCCUCAGCAUCACAUAGCUAUCCGAGGCCUCUAUGUUGACCUGAGCCAUCAGAGCAACCAAACAAACUUUAAUUACAUCCUGAUCCGUGAUGUAAGCACCAUGAAGACAACGGUGUUCCGUGGGAAACAGCAAUUCUUCUGGCAAUCAACAGGAAGCCAAGCUGAAAUUGAAUUUCAUGAAAACGUUAAGGAUCACCAAACCAGUUUCUGGGCUGAAUAUCAUGCUGCUGAACCCAAAUAAAAGGGAUCAGGGCCACUCCACUGAGAAAGACUGCUCCAGUUAAUCACUGCUGCCUGUUCACUGCUUGAUGUCACACACAUCAUUUAACCUUUUACAGCUGUUUCCCCAUCUACUGAGUAAGAACAGUUUGCUGGCUCCGUUGGGAUCUCCGUUAAUACUUAGAAAGUUUAUGCAAAAGCAUGUAACCACCAAAUAGUUCACAAAUAGUUCUAAUGUACAUUCUCUACGUUAAUUGGCAUUAAUGCAUCUCACUUGUCUGAAAUUCGUGACUUGGACACUGAAGUCUCAAGGUCCUGCUUCUGUUUAUAUGCUGUGACUUUUUAGGACAAUCAUUUCGUUUCUCAGUGGCUUAGAAACCUCUCUAUACCACAGGUAGUUAUGAUGAUGAUUUAACAGUGAAGUUUACUCUCCUGCAGUGUAAAUGCCCAUUGAAAAUGAAGCCUAUUGAAAUUCUGGAAGAUGAAAAAGAAGGCAAAGAUGUGUAAGAAGAUGAAUCCUGAGUCCUAGCAGCUCGAGAAGUGUAUGAGGGCAAGACUCUUUGCCCAGCAGGGUAGUGCAGCACUAGGGAGAGUCACCUAAAAAGCUGAUGGAAUCUCCAUCAUGGAGUAUUUUCAGGACUUUGCUAACCAGUGGGCCUGGUUAACUAGAGCAGUUGGCCUGGUCAAGUACUGGUGAUAAUUGGCUUUGCAUGGGAGGAGUAAAUGACAUCCAGAGGUCCCUCCCCAGCCACCACAUCUAUGAUUCUGCUUUUACAGAUCUAGCAGUGCUGCUAGUACUUCUUCUCUGUGGGAAAUUGAAUCCUGUCCCUUAGUGAUGGGUUUGAUGCCUAGAGAUAUUUCUUCAGAUAAUAACAGUAGCUGUGCUAAUAAUCUACAUGUAUCUGCAUCCCACAGGAACUGUGUCAAGAGAGGCUGUUGAAACUGUGAUAUGAGUCGUAACAGGAAGAUGUGCUUUAGAGCAGCAACAAAUAUUCACUCAAGAUUGACUUUAAAUAUAUAUUUAAAGUUCUUUUUAUUUAAUGUUUUUAACCUUUUCUACAGUUCUCUACUUUGGUACCAAUCUAUCAUCCCCAUCAACGUCCCAGUAUCCUACAAAAGAGGUUUUUUCCAAACCUGGAGCCUGGCUGGACAUACCUGCCUCUACACUUCAUGACAGAUGCAAUAAAUUGUUCUGCUUGGGCAAUUUUAAUGCUACCUCUGCUUUCUUUUCAUUGAAUUCUCUGAUGUCUUUUUACAACCAUAAAACCUUAUUUUCUUCUGU